GAUGCUUCACUGUCACCUGUACGUGAAAUGAACACCUGUUGCCUGCGGGUUUAAAAAAAGAGACUUGCUCACAUUUCAGGUCGUUUGGAACGCCACAAAAGAUCAAGGCCCGCUUUUAGUUUGCCAGACAGUGACACAGCCACAGGUUGGACUGAGAGGAACAUGCCAAGGAUGUGUUUUUAAAGGGAAAUAUCACCGCAGCGCGCCACUAACCGAGCUACAGAUUGAACAUGCUGCAGGUUGUAUGAGUGACAGAUAUGGGGUCAGCGGGAUCAUAUUUGCAGACUUUCACUGUGCUGGCACUUUUUUGCCUGUUUUUGACCGCUGAAGGUGCGAGGCCGGAGGUGCGUGGAAAGGUUGGAGGCGUGGUGGAGUUGGAAUGUAGUUUUCCUCCGUCAGAGCCACCUGCUGCGUCCUUGGCGUCCCUGCGUGUGGUGGAGUGGGUUCGACGGGGUCUCGACAUCCCCGUCCUGAUCAAAUUUGGAUCCUACGCACCUCGCCUCCAUCCACAAUAUGAAGGGCGGGUGUCUCUGGUACGAGUCACUGACCUGAGGCUGGAGGACCUGCAGCUGGGUGACCAGGGCUUGUACGAGUGUCGAAUCCUUUUACUGGAUGAGCCCACGGAUGAGCUGCAAAACGGCACCUGGACUGUGCUGUCUGUAACCGCCCCUCCCAUGUUCACUGAAGCCCCGCCCCCUGUGAUUGAGGCUCUCGUUGGAAGUUCCGUCUCUCUUGCCUGUGCUGCCAAUGGCAAUCCCACUCCGACCAUCACCUGGUUAAAAGAUGGCAGCGUGAUUCCAAGAAGAAAUUAUCAGGAAGGAGCCUUAUCUCUGCGAGCAGCGAGCAUGCAGUCAGCAGGACAGUACACCUGCCACGCCUCCAACUCUGAGGGAAACGUGACUCGCGUGACGAGAGUGAAGAUCAAAGGUCCGCCUGUCAUCAUCGUCCCUCCCAAAAGCACCUCUCUCAACAAGUCCCAGAAUGCACUCCUCCAGUGUCAGGCGGUGGCCGACCCCCCGAACAUGACCUAUGUGUGGCAGAAAGACGGCGAGAACGUCCAUCACAUCGAGUCUCUGAAGUCGCGAGUGAAGAUCAUGGUUGAUGGAACUCUGCUCGUCUCCAGUCUCAUCCCUGAGGAUUCUGGGAACUACACCUGCAUGCCCACCAAUGGCCUGCUGACCCCGCCCACAGCCUCCGCCAACCUCACAGUGAUGCACCCAGCCCUGGCUCUUCCAAUGCCCCCAGAAACGUACCUUCCCACAGGUAUGGAGGGCGUGGUCACCUGCCCUGCGGCUGCUCAGCCUCCGCUGCUCCGUGUGGACUGGACAAAAGAUGGAGAACCACUCGACCUGUCCUUGUAUCCAGGUUGGACCUUGACACCAGUGGGCUCAUUGUUCAUGACCACAGUCAAUGAUGAUACAGCAGGCAUUUACACGUGUAUGCCGUACAACAGCUACGGCAGCAUGGGUUCAUCUGAGGCAACGAAUGUAAUUCUGCAGGACCCCCCAUCAUUCAGCGUCACUCCAGAGGAGCAGUACAAACAGGAAGCCGGUAGAACACUGCUCAUCCCCUGUCAAGGAAACAAGGACCCUACAAUUAAAGUGACCUGGAGCAAGGUUGACUUGGUUCGUCGCACAUCUUACACCAUAGAACCCAACGGUUCUCUGCUCCUGCAGCCUCUCACUAAGGACCACCAGGGGGCGUGGGAGUGCACCGUUACUAAUCGCGUAGCCUCAGUGAAAGCCAGCACACAAGUCUUUGUCCUGGGAACCAGUCCCCAUGUGGCUACCGCGCUGUCCGUCUCUCCAGGGGUAAAGCAGGCCAACAUUUCCUGGGAGGCAGGCUUUGAUGGAGGAUCAGCACAGACAUUUUCAGUUUGGGUGAAGAAGAUUUCAGCGAGUGAUAAUGAUGGGAAGCAGGACUGGUUCUCUGUGCCUGUGCCCCCCUCCUCUGGCAGCAGGAUGCAGGUGACAGGCCUGUCUGCUGCCACCGACUACCAGUUCAGCAUCCUGUCUCACAAUAAAGUGGGCACAGGACCCUUCAGCGAGAUUGCAACCACUCGGACAUUGGAUCCUCCACUGAGGAGAAGUAAACCCAAGCCCCCUGCCUUGCUGUCCGCUCAUCAGGGCUCAGCAGGUGUCGUACUGCGAUGGUCCCUUCCUGAAGACCAGCACCCUCCCAUCACAGGCUUUGUUCUCCAAUCCCGCUCCGAGCAAGGGGAGUGGUUUCAUUUGGACGAGGACAUCAGUGCCAACAGUAGCGAGAUAGUCGUUCCGGGUCUGCACAAGGACUGUGUGUACGAGCUGCGGCUGCUAUCUCGUCGCGGGGAGUUGCUGAGCGAGCCCAGUCCAUCAGUCAAUGUCUCCACCAUGGGGAUGGAGAUCUACCCGGCCACAUCCCGACUCCUGGAGUACGUCCCGGAGCCAUUACUGGCCGGCGUGCUGGGCGGGGUCGGCUUCAUGUGCUUGGCACUGGUCUUGCUGCUGGGGUCCGCCUGUAUCAUCAUCCACAAGAGGGACCGGCGUCGCAGACAGAAGAAGGAUGAUUCCCCCUCUGCCAUCUAUAAAUGCUCCCCAUCAAUAAAGACUUCAGGCACUGGCAGUCCAGACAGUGUGUUGAAGAGAAGCCUACUUCCAGCCAGCAUCCUCUAUCCCACCACUUCCUCUACCACCACCUCCUCCUCAUCGCAGACAGACUGUUCCUCCUUUAGCGCUGAGAAUCAUCAUCGGCGGAAGCAGCUCCUCUCCAAUUACAGCAGAGGCCGCCUCACUAGGACAACGUCUUCUCCCAUUUCUCCUCCAAUUGAGUUGAUCUCUAGAGGCCCAGAUGGGCGCUUUGCACUCCCACCAUAUGACAGUGACUCGCUGAGUGUUCACAGCAAGAAAAGCGGAAGGUAUGACCAAGCUAGAGUGCGGAGGUCUGUGUCGCUGCACUCGGAGAGGGGAGACAGAACGCAGCCGCCGUUCGUGCUCUCUGUCGAUCUCCCACCUUGCAAACCAGUAGAGGCUAAUUCCACAAACCAAAUUUGUGACCUGCCCCAUCUCCGCCCUUAUAUCUUGGAUCAGAAGUCAAGCUACGAUGGCUUUCCUGACUUCAGCAGCCUGUGCUCGAACACUAGUUUGGCCACCACUCCUCAUCAAGACAGAGGAAUAACUCCCACAUUUCCAGUGCUCCCACAUAUCCGAUCCAGCCUUGGUCAGCCAUCUACAACCGCCAGCACCCUGGUGCUCCAAAUGGAGCAUGAGCGGGAGGCGGGAAACCUAAGUCGCUGUCUGAGGCUGGCUCAGGAGAGGGAGGAGCUGGAGAGGGAGCUCCAGAGGUACACGCUGGAAAGAGGCUCCAUGAGAGAAAUAAAACAUGGGCAUUCAGACUUAGUGAAGAGAGACGCUGGUGCUAAUGAGCUUAUGUGGGAAUAUAAGAGCAGCACCUUGCCUCAUAGAUACCCCCAGGGCAGCAAUGAGGGCUUUGGUCUUCCACAGACGCAGUUCCCUUCAUCCUCAGAGCACUGGGAUGCCCGUCCUCUUGUCUCUCCUCUCACUCUGAUCUCAGCCCCGACCCUUACACCAGAGACAUGA